AUGACCGGAAUGGUCUGGUUCGGAACCCAGGACUUCCAAAGCUUCGGCCGAGCCCGGCACUCGUGCGAACAAUCCGACGAACUCAUGGGCUACGGGUUCGAUAAGCACGACGGAAGGAACUUUGCAUCGCACUACUUGAAGGACCAGCUCAACAACGUCGAACUGCGCGUGCAGAUGCUCAAGGUGCCCGGCGGCCAACACGGCGGAUCCUGGGCCCUGAGAAUCAAUGGAAAGAAAUUGGAUGAAGCGCGGCCUUCGAAAAUCAGUCUAAUCAACUACUUCGGAUUGGACGGCCUGGGCUCUUUCCAAAUAGAAAAUGAGGAAGACGAAGAGGGAAUUGAUGGGGAAGUCAAGAUAUCUGGGUCAACGACUCAGUUGGGGGACUUCACGAUCCGCAUUAAAGAUAGUCCCACAAACAAACCAGCUGCCGCGCUUCGCCACGCGGAGGACUUUGGCGAAAGACUCUCGAGAACCCAGUUCCUAGGCGUUCAAGUUCCAGCGGGCUCGGUUUGGAAAGCCAAGGACUCCAUCAUCUCCGCCAUCAACGAAUAUGUCCAACCCUUGAUCGAGAAGUAUACCGUCCAAGACAUGCCUGAUCCAUGUCUAGCUCUCAGUCUACCCAACGAGAUCAACUACGGAAGCAAUCUAUACGCUCUCCAACGGAUGUACGAGUCGCCCUUCGAGCUAGAUAUCUACUUCGAUGGCGACGGGGCGCCUCGGAUCGAUUCGGCAGCUUUAUCGGCUGGCUUGCUGGCCGCCUCCACCGCCUUCGACCAACGCUUUAAGGCCACGUUCCCCAAGAUCGCCUCUGAAUACUCGGCCGAGGAACAGGCGAUGGCCAUGGAGAUGCUUUCUAGUAUGAUCGGUGGGAUCGGGUACUUUUACGGCUCAUCAAUCGUCGACCGUAACUUUGCUCACGAUUAUGACGAUGACGGGCUUCUGUUGACGGGGAAUUCCGAGGACGAUGAGGGAGGAAGCGAUCGCAAGCGUCAGCCGCAGCUCACAGAGGACCGCGAGCUGUUUACGGCCACCCCUAGUCGCUCAUUUUUCCCCAGGGGUUUCUAUUGGGAUGAAGGCUUCCACUUGGCUCUGAUUGGGGCCUGGGAUAAUGACCUGAGCUUGGAAAUCCUCCAAAGUUGGAUUAAUUUGAUUGAUCGGGAUGGUUGGGUCGGUCGAGAACAGAUCUUGGGAGAAGAGGCGCGCAGUAAAGUGCCCCAGGAGUUUCAGGUUCAAUAUUCCAACCAUGCCAAUCCGCCCACGUUGACGAUGGCAGUAACCUCGUACCUCAAACGAUUGAUGCGUUACCAAGGAGCCGAUGGACUCAAAGAUACGCUUACAGAUGCCGACCUGGGCAUGGGCACCGGACAGCAGAUCUUCGAGACAGCAGCACGGGACGGCGGGAGGAUUUCGGAUAAGCUUCUGGAGGACGUUGGACUGGCCAGAUCCUUCCUAGGCUCAAUCUACCCCAAGCUGAAGCUCCACUACGAAUGGUUCCGGGAAACCCAAGUCGGCCAGAUCAGGGAGUGGGGCCGAGAGUCGCGCAGCAAGACCGAAGGCUAUCGAUGGAGGGGCCGGACCGCGGAGCAUGUACUCACGUCUGGGAUCGACGACUAUCCCAGAGGACUGCCCCAUGUCGGAGAGUUGCAUCUUGAUCUGUUGUGUUGGGUCGGCUUCUUCACUCGGACGAUGAAGUCUAUUGCCGAGUUUAUUGGGGAGACCGACGAUGUUUUGGAGUAUGAGAAGAACUACGAGGCGAUUGUUGACAACAUCGAUGAUUUGCAUUGGAAUGAGGAGAAAAAGAUGCAUUGCGAUGUCAGUGUAGACGCCGAAGACGAAUCCUAUUUCGUGUGCCACAAAGGCUACAUCUCGAUCUUCCCCUUCCUGCUAGGCCUUGUCCCCCACGAUUCGCCGAAGCUGAAGUACAUCCUGGACGACAUCCGCGAUCCGACCGGGAUAUGGUCCGAGUUCGGGCUCAGAAGCUUAUCCAAAUCGGACGAGUUCUUCGGCAAGAACGAGAAUUACUGGCGAGGUCCGAUCUGGAUUCCGAUGAACUACAUGGCCUUGAACUCUCUCUACACCAUCUAUGCCAAGCAAAGCGGGCCCCACCAGACCCAAGCGGCCGAGCUGUACGAGGAACUGAAGACAAAUGUGGUCAAGAACGUGUUCAAAGAAUGGAAACGGACCGGAUUCACCUGGGAACAGUAUGACCCUAUCACCGGCGAGGGCAGACGGUCCAAGCCGUUCACCGGCUGGACGAGCUUGGUGGCUAUGAUCAUGGCCGAGGAGUACGACAUGUGA